AUGGAGCUACUGAUCAUCGCGAUGCUGGUAGUCGGGGCAGCCGCAGCCUCAGACACAGAGGUAAACCAGAUCAUUGGCGGGAGCUUCUGCCUCUUUGGUUCGCGGCCCUACCAGGUGGCUCUCCUGAGGAACGGCCGCAUCUUCUGUGGCGGGAGCCUUAUAGCCCCGAAGUGGGUGCUAACUGCUGCGCACUGCAGCAGACGGAUCAGACGGCUCAGCUCUCUGCGGGUGCAUCUGGGGGAUUAUAAUCUACGGGUGAAAGAACCCACAGAACAGAUACGAAGAAUCCACAACUUCUUCAUGCACCCUGGGUAUAACCUUCGUCCUCGUGACAACGACUUCAUGCUUCUGGAGUUGGAUGAGCCCGCUCAACUCAACAACUACGUGAACACAAUCAACGUGACGACCUGUUGUCCCUCUCCUGGAACACGAUGCAGUGUUUCGGGAUGGGGCACCAUCAAGUCCCCCAAAAGGCGGUUCCCAGCCAUCAUGCAGUGUGCAGAUGUCUAUAGCGUCAGCCAGGACAGCUGCCAGGAAAGUUACUGUGGCAGGAUCACGGAGAACAUGCUCUGCGCUGGCGUGGAACAGGGCGGCAUAAGCUCGUGCAAGGGGGAUUCAGGAGGCCCACUGGUCUGCAACGGGCAGCUGCAGGGCGUGGUCUCCUGGGGGAAGUCUGUCUGUGCCCUGCCGGGACAGCCCGGUGUCUAUGCCAAAGUCUGCAAAGCUGCCCAGUGGGUGAGGAGCACCAUAAGGAGGAGGCUCGCCAGAUCAGACUGA